AUGACGCUGCUUGGCAAAUUAUUCCACCUUAAGGCGAGAAAGAAUUUCAAGAAUGGGUCAUCGGUGAUAACUUUAUUCGACUUUUGUGUGAGUAAUACGAUUUUGGGUUCAGUUAGGUGUGGACACUGCAAAAAGUUGGCCCCGGAGUUCGACAAAGCAGCAACAAAACUGAAGUCCAAUGAUCCACCCAUCACACUUAUAAAGGCAAGUUUGAUUACUUAUGCUAAAAAUGUCGACUGUACUGUUGAGAAGGCUACAUGCGACAAGUUCGGCGUCAAGGGAUUCCCAACGCUUAAGAUCUUCCGUAACGGAUUUGAGGCUCAGUCAUAUGAUGGACCACGUGAAGCCGAUGGUAUUGUUAAAUACAUGCGAGGACAAGCAGGCCCGUCUGCCAAGGAACUUGUGUCGGUGGAGGACUUCAAGAAAUUUGUUGGUGGCGAUGAGAACGCCGUUGUUGGCUUCUUCGAAAGCGAGAGCAAGCUGAAGGACUCUUUCCUAAAGGUUGCCGACACCGAAAGGGAUCGCUUCCAAUUUGGGUAUUCCUCAAAUGCCGCUGUUCUCAAGGAGGCUGGAUAUACCGACGAUAUCGUGGUCUAUACUCCGAAGAAACUUCACAACAAGUUCGAUCCGAACGAGUUCAAGUAUGAUGGCAACUACGACACUGAUAAGAUCAAGCACUUCCUCGUGCAUGAGACUGUUGGGAUGGCUGGAAUUCGUACAAUGGGGAACCUCUUCCAAUUUGAACAGAAGCCUCUUGUGAUUGUUUACUACAACGUGGAUUACUUAAAGGAUCCGAAAGGAUCGAAUUACUGGCGAAAUCGUGUGCUGAAGGUGGCGCAGGACUACAAGAGGAAAGUUCAUUUUGCUGUAUCUAACAAGGAGGAGUUCUCAUCGGAAGUUGACCAGAAUGGUCUAGCUGAGCGCAAGGAUUCGGAUAAACCAAUCGUUGCAGCUAUCACAAACGAUGGAAAAUUCCCUAUGGAUGAUGAAUUUAGCGUGGAGAAUCUAAAGGCAUUCGUCGAGAGUGUCUUAGCUGGUAAGCUGGAACCCUACAUGAAAUCGGAACCCAUUCCCGAUAACAAAGAAGCACUCAAGGUGGCUGUUGCUAAGAACUUCAAGGAGUUGGUAAUGGAUGCUGAUAAGGACGUCCUCGUUGAGUUCUAUGCUCCAUGGUGCGGCCAUUGUAAAGCACUUGCUCCUAAAUAUGAGGAGCUUGCGAAAACGAUGGAGAAGGAAGACGUCCUUAUUGUGAAGAUGGACGCCACAGCCAACGAUGUGCCUCCUCUCUUUGAAGUGCGAGGGUUCCCAACAAUCUAUUGGCUACCAAAGAACGACAAGGCUUCUCCAGUACCUUACAAUGGUGGCCGUGAAGUGAAAGACUUCAUUUCAUUUAUCGCCAAGCAUUCUACUGAUGGUCUCAAGGGCUACACACGUGAUGGAAAGAAGAAGAAGUCUGAGUUGUAG